AUGACGAGGUUCUAUCCAGAAGAUAAUUGUGACUCGUUUAAAGGGCCUCCUCCAUUAUGUAUUCAUUGGGUUUCAUCAAGUCCACCGCUUACAAUUAACAUUACAAACAUUUCGAAAGAGCUUAAAUCAUUGACAAUUCACAAAGAGACUAAUAUUAAUACUGAUAAACCAAUUGAAGAGAAUCCAUUCAAUAUUAUUGAUAAUAACAUUACUACUAAUCAAAUAACUUUACAAGAAAGUGAAAAUAUACAACCUAUCCGAAAACCAAAUUUGUUUGCUGAAGAAAUUACAGAACUUGAACAAGAUAUCAUCGAAAAACGUGUAGCAUUGCAACAACAACAGUUUGCAGAAUUUGAAAAACGUGAAUUUCACCGUAAAGCAAAAUUUAUCCACUUCAAACUUUGGUUUGUUACAGAUGAAGAAAUUAAAGAAGCGUUAAAGGAUUGUAAAGGUGAUGAGGCUUUAGCACUUAAUAAAAUGUACAAUAAUGAAUAUUUCAAAGAGCUUCGUAAAAGAAUUGCUCAUAAACAUAAUAAAGAUGCUAUUGACCAUGACCAUAGAGGUUUUCGUGAAUUAUUGAAACUACAGGGUUCUCAAAAAUCAUCAAUAACAGAAUUACAAGCUGGUUCUCAAAAAUCAAUUCAAAAGGAUGAUGAUGAUGACAAAGAAACAACCCCAAAAAGGCCUCAAAGAACGGCCUCAAAAAGAACUAGAAAUUCUAAUAGCAAUUUUAAUAAUAACAGAAUGAAAGGUCGUCUUGCAUUGGAUGAUGCGUUAAAGCAAAUAGAAGAUUAUGAUGUGAAUCGUGAUAAGGCGUUUGAAGGAUGGUCAUUGGCUCGUAAAAAAGCAUAUCUUGCUAUUAAAACAAAUCCAAACACAUAUUAUUAUCGAUUCAAUGCACCUGGUGAAGAACAGAGGCUAGGAGCAUGGACUGAGGAAGAGGAGCAAAAGUUUUUUAACAGAUUGGAAGAAGUUGGUUCUGAAGGUCAAUGGGGAAUAUUUUCAAUGAAAAUCCCUGGUCGUGUUGGUUAUCAAUGUUCAAAUUUUUAUCGAUUGUUAAUAGAAACUGGACGAAUCAAAGAUCCAAAUUAUGUAAUUGAUAACAAUGGUAAGGCACAUUAUUUGUUUAGUACUAUGAAUAAACAAACAGGUGAGACGCAAAAAACAAUCAGAACUCACUCCAAACAUGGAAGUGGCGGUAAUGAAUGUAAAACUGUUAGAGGAGGUCAUUCUGGUGCUCUGGAUAGCCCAAACAGUAAACAUGAAAAAACAUUUGCUACAUUCAGACCCAGAUCAUCACAUAGAAAACGUAGCAGAAAAAAUACAUUUAACAGCGAUGAAGAGGAGGAGGAAGAUUACGAUAACGAUGAUUCUGGUAGUUAUGUUUUGAAGUCAUGGAAUAGUAAAAAAAGAGCAAGAUCAUAUCAGGAAAGUGUAAGAAUUGAUUUUGAAGUUGUCGAACAAGAUGAUGAAAACCCAUUGCCGGGUUUUAUUGAUCCUAUUACAUUAGAAGAAGUUAAUCGUCCAGCAAUUUCUCCUUAUGGACAUGUGAUGGGUUAUGACAAUUGGGUAAAAUGUCUCUCUACAAGUCCAAAUAAAAACAUUUGUCCUUUGACAAAAAAACCUUUAAAAAGACGUGAACUUGUUAUAUUGACCAAUGAUAACAUUAAUCAAUACAGGUUGGUAUCCAACUAUCUGUAG